AUGUCAAAACCGGUGGCAUCACUUGACGCGACUAGCUUCAAAAUACUCGCUUUGUCGUAUCGUGGCUAUUGGACAUCCUCGGGCCGUGCAACUCAAUCGGGUAUUGAGAUGGAUGCCCAAGCAUUCUUGAAAUGGGUGUCCGAAACUUACUCAAAGCCGGACACUGAUCUCCAAAUUAUUCUUUGGGGGCACAGCCUCGGAUCGGCCGUCGCAAGCUCUGCGCUUCCCACAUAUCUCUCUUGCCGACACAUUAGAAGUGUUGAGAAAAGUGCUAAUCUCGCACCAAUAUCUGGAUUGAUCAUGGAAGCGCCAACUUCUAAUAUCAGAGACAUGCUUAUCAGCUUAUACCCUCAGAAAUGGCUUCCAUAUCGAUACUUGUGGCCAUUUUCGUGGAAUACCUGGUGCAAUGCUACUGCCCUGAAAGAGCUAUCUGACUGGAGAGACCAGCAAAGUCACCGGCUUAGCCCACAAUCUCAAUCGCCAUUUAUCCCUGCUAUACUCAUCCUGUCUGCUGAAAAUGAUGAAGUCAUCCCGCCCUAUGUGGCCGGUCAAUUGGAAUUAAGAUGCAAGGAGCUCAAUCUGCAAGUUUCUAGAAAACAUGUACUUGGCGCUAUGCAUACAGAGGCAUUAAUGAAGGCUGAUGGAAGAGACGCGAUGGUCAAAUUCGUUAUGAAUGUUGUUGCUUAA